AUGACAAGUUGCCUCCCAAAUGUAAUAUUUAUUCGCAAGAUCGGGGACGAGAAAUCACUUCCCAAAGAUGCUACUAUUGAAGAUGACAGAGAAAAGACACAAAUUGCUAAGGUUUCUCCAAAGCAUGUCUGCAAAUAUUGGAUGAAUGGCGAUUGUGUUCGUGGUGAACAUUGCCGGAAUUUACAUUCCUGGUUUUAUGGUGAUGGCUUUUCCACAUUAGUAAAGCUUCAAGGACACAAGAAGCUUGUCACUGGAAUUGCACUUCCACAUGGAUCAAACAAACUUUAUUCUAGCAGCACCGAUGGGACACUUCGGACAUGGGACUGUGUUACUGGUCAAUGUACUAAUUUGACGAAUCUUGGUGCUGAAGCUACUUCUUUGAUCAGUGAGGGCCCGUGGAUUUUUGUUGGUCUUCCUAACAUUGUCAAGGCACGGAAUAUGCAAAUUGCUUCACAUUUAACUCUUGAUGGACCUAAGGGACGAGUCCUUGCCAUGGUUGUUGGCAAUGAUACACUCUUAGCUGGAGCAGAGGAUGGUGUAAUUUUUGCAUGGAGAGGCAGUUCUAAAUCCAAUUCCCCUUUUGAACUGGUUGCAUCACUACGCGGACACACUAAAUCUGUUGUUUGCCUGGCUGUUGGAUGUAACAUGAUGUUGUACUCAGGAUCCAAGGAUCAAAGCGUCCAGGUUUGGGACCUAGACAAAUUUGAGUGUAAAAUGACACUCAAUGCGCAUACAGGAGAAGUCACAUCCCUUAUUUGUUGGGACAAAUUCUUGCUAUCCGGUUCAUCAGACUGCACUAUCAAGGUCUGGUAUAAAACCGUCGAGGAUACUUUGGAAGUUGCAUAUUCACACAAUGUAGAAAACAUUUUUUAACAUUUUUUAAGAAAUUAGAGGUUUGUUGUGUGGCUCUGAAUUGCUAUAUAAUGAAUAAUUUUGUAGACUUUGCUUGAGAAGAUGAAGUCGGUGUACACGAAUGUAGAAGGUCUUCCUCCGGAUUGAAUUGUGGAAAGCAAUUGCUUCUCCAGGGCGUGGUAUUUUGGCCAUGGAUGAAUCCAAUGCUACAUGUGGAAAGCGGUUGGAUUCAAUUGGACUAGAGAACA